AUGGGCCACGUCGACCCCCACACCAUCAAGAUCAUCCCCGCCACUGCCAAGCGCUUCAUGGCUGCGCAGCGGUACGCGGUCGUCGGCCGCGUCAUCCAGGACCCGGCCAAGUUUGACAACAAGGUUCUCCGCUGGUACCAGGAGCGCAAGAUGCCCGUGACGCCCGUGCGCCCUGCGUCGGACAAGUUUGACAACUCGAAGCCCAUCGAGGGCCUCAAGGUCGUCGAGAAGGUGACCGACCUGCCCGACCUCCCCAACACGUCCCUCUCGUUCAUCAUCUCGCCCAAGGUGGGCAUCACGAUGCUCAAGGACCUGUUCCCCUCGCCGCGCAACGCCGCCAAGGAGCCCAACUCGGUCUGGCUCCAGCCCGGCGCCGAGAGCGACGAGAUCGAGGCCUUUAUCAAGGAACACAACCUCUCCGACCGCAUCGUGCUCGGUGGACCAUGUGUGCUUGUGCACGGCGACGAGGCGCGCGAGCUGGCCAGUAAGCUCUAA